AUGCAGUGUAGGCAACAAGCACUACCUGCGAUUGCCCUCGGGCGUUGCAUCAUAGCCAUUGUCAUAGUACUGAACGUGACAAUCAGUGCUCGCCUGCAUGUUGCGUUCCCCGUGUUCAACCACUCCUCAUUCAGCUUUUGGUUUAAAUACUUCACCGUCAUCAGCCAGGUCAUCCUCUCCCUGUUAUGGUUCAGCAUACAGUCAUAUACAGGAUCGGAAUGUAUAUAUCAGCAAUGCGUUGACCGAGACUUGUGCAGGUGUGGAAACUGA